UUGAUUUGGCAGGAAUGGACUCGCUGGUACAAGAGGAGCCAUUCAUUUGAGAGAGAGAGAGAGAGAGAGAGAGAGAGAGAUAUGGAGGGCUUAAUUCAGGUACCAUAUGAUGCAACAGUACGCGUAAUGCUAGCUUCGCUGGAGCGUAACCUACUUCCGGACGCAGUGAUAAGGAGGCUCACUCGCAUGCUACUAUCCACUCGUCUCCGUUCUGGUUACAAAUCUUCAUCCGAGCUUCAACUCUCUGACCUCCUCCAUUUUGCUCACUCUUUGACAGAAAGCCCUAUAGCCGUCAAGACUGAGAAGGCAAAAACUCAACAUUAUGAGUUGCCUACCUCUUUCUUCAAACUCGUUCUCGGAAAGCAUCUCAAAUACAGCUGUUGUUACUUUGCUGGUACAUCAAACACCUUAGAGGAAGCUGAAAAAGCGAUGUUAGAGUUGUACUGUGAGAGGGCACAGCUGAAAGACGGUCACUCCGUUCUUGAUAUUGGUUGUGGGUGGGGAUCGCUCUGUCUGUACGUUGCACAGAAGUACAGAAAUUGCAAGGUUACAGGGAUUUGCAACUCAACAACGCAGAAAACAUACAUUGAGGAGCAAUCUCGGGAUCUUCAGCUGCAGAAUUUGGAUGUCAUCGUAGCAGAUAUUAGCACAUUUGAUAUGGAUGCAACCUAUGACCGGAUAUUCUCCAUUGAAAUGUUUGAGCAUAUGAAGAACUACAAGGAUCUCCUUAAGAAGAUAUCCAAGUGGAUGGAACCAGAUAGUCUUCUUUUUGUACAUCAUUUCUGCCAUAAAGUCUUUGCUUAUCACUUCGAGGAUGUCAAUGAAGAUGACUGGAUUACUAGGUACUUCUUCACUGGAGGAACAAUGCCUUCAGCAAAUCUACUUCUUUAUUUUCAGGAUGAUGUUUCUGUUGUCAAUCAUUGGCUUGUGAAUGGGAAGCAUUAUGCAAAAACAAGCGAAGAAUGGCUCAAGAGGAUGGAUAAAAACUUGAGCUCCAUUAAGCCAAUAAUGGAGGCCACUUACGGCAAGGAUUCUGCUAUUAAGUGGACAGUCUAUUGGAGAACAUUCUUCAUAGCAGUUGCAGAACUCUUUGGGUACAACGAUGGGGAAGAAUGGAUGGUUGCUUUGUUCCUUUUCAAGAAGAAAUGAAUUCCAAUCUCAUGUUGAUUAGUUGGGUACGAGGCAAAAUUAUGGAAGGAAAAUAAAGUCGUGUGUAUUUUGUUCGGAAGUGUAGGAUUUUUAUUGCAAGAUUGGGAAGUUGCAUUUCUGAACAAUUUCCUUUCUUCA